GGAGUGGAGUAGGAGGGAGUUUAUUGACAGAUACAGAGGGUAUAAAUUGAGUGAGUGACAGAUCUUUCACCUCCAGUCUGGUCGCAGGAAGGCUUGAGUAAUGAUGAUUGGCCUGAUUGUUCUCGCACUCCUGGGCGCUGCAGCUGCAGCACCUAUGGAUGACAAGAUUGUGGGUGGAUUCGAGUGUACAGCCCACUCUCAGCCCUGGCAGGUGUCUAUCAAUCUCGGCUACCACUACUGCGGCGGCUCCCUCAUCAACGACCAGUGGAUAGUCUCUGCUGCCCACUGCUGGCAAAACCCUUACUCACUGAUUGCCAUUUUGGGUGACAACCACAUCUGGAUGAACGAGGGCACGGAGCAGUUCAUGUCCGUGGACGCCAUCUACUGGCAUCAGAGCUACGACUACCAGACCCUGGACUACGACAUCAUGCUGAUGAAGCUGGCGCACCCCGUCACCGUGAACCAGUACGUGAAGCCCGUCGCUCUGCCCAAGGCCUGCCCUGCAGCCGGGGACAUGUGCAUGGUGUCCGGAUGGGGAAACAUCUACACUGAUCAAGUCUUCAACCCGUUUUACCUCCAGUGUGUGGAAGUCCCCAUCCUUUCUCACAAGGACUGCGAUGGCUCCUACCCCGGCCUGAUCACUGACCGCAUGGUGUGCGCUGGAUACCUGGAGGGAGGAAAGGAUGCUUGUCAGGGUGACUCUGGUGGUCCUCUGGUGUGUAACGGAGAGCUGCAGGGUGUCGUGUCCUGGGGCCAGGGCUGCGCUCAACCCAACUACCCGGGCGUUUACACCAAAGUCUGCUCUCUGAUGCCCUGGAUCAACGAUAUUCUCUCCACAUACUCCUAGGCUGUGAUCUCCCAUCACAGAACUACAGGAGAGGGGAAAUCAGAGGGAGAUUGAAAUUGAAGGAGACAGGAGGCGGCGGUGGGAAGUGUCGAAGAGAGAGGCAGCAGAAGAGAGGCUGAGAGUGAGACACAAGGAGAAGCCGAGGGAGAAAGAAAACAACAUGCGAGAUGUGAGAUGUCAAGGCUCAAUCAAUAAAAUAUUGAACAUUU